CUCACGCCGCGGGGGCAGGGGGUCGGGACUCGCUCGGGUCCACUGCAGGCUCCGCGCCGGGCACUGGGGCUCGAUGAGGCACUCGCAGCCCAGGGCCUCCAGGGCCUCCAUCAGGACGUCGGCACCGGCGUCUUCCAGGAAGGCUGGGACCGGGCAGAGGAGUGAGAUCGCUGCCUCCUGCCACCCUCGUGGGCGCCCUACCUGGGCUGGGGGCCCGGGCCGGGGAGUCUGCAUUCGGCGCAAGCCCCCGACUGGGAAGCAGGUCCGGCCCCAGGGCUCUGAGCGCGCGCGGCGCCCAGUCCGACGGAGAGUGCCGCCGGCCGGAAAAGGCCUUUCCUCCCCGACCACUGCCCGCGCGCUCCGCGCACCUGGGUCCACGCGCACCGCAAGGCGCCUCAAGACCUGCUCCGGCCGCAGCAGCCGCAACGCCUCGGCCGCCGCCCUGCGCUCCCAGCUGGGUCCGGGGCUCUCGCGGCGGCCUCCGAGUGGGCGGGGCCCUCGGUGUCGGAGUCCGAGAUCUCCCAGGUUGCAGGUCGCCACCGGCCGCUCCGGCCGCGGCGAGAGGUCCCCGCCCUCCCGGGUCCAACCCGCGCCAUGGCCAGGACAGCUUCUCCUUCGCUUCGGUCGCGCCCGAACACUUAGCCUGAGACACCAGCCUCUUCCGGUGGUGGGCGGGCCUGGGGGCGCGCGGUGGCAGCGGCUUCCGGCCGGAGCGCCGAGGAGUUGGACCCACAUGGCGCGGAAGAAGGUGCGUCCGCGGCUGAUCGCGGAGCUGGCACGCCGCGUGCGCGCCCUGCGGGAGCAGCAGAACCCGCGCGACUCGCAGCUCUACGCCAUGGACUACGAGUCCCUGACGCGGCCGUUCUCCGGACGGCGGCUGCCGGUCCGGGCCUGGGUCGACGUGCGCCGCGAGAGCCGCCUCCUGCAGCUGCUCAACCGCCCUCCCGCUCUUCGGCUGGGCCGCCUGGUCACGCGCAAGUCCUGGCUGUGGCAGCACGACGAGCCGUGCUACUGGCGCCUUACGCGGGUGCGGCCCGACCACACCGCGCAGAACCUGGACCACGGGAAGGCCUGGGGCAUCCUGACCUUCAAAGGUAAGACGGAGAGCGAGGCGCGGGAGAUCGAACACGUCAUGUACCACGACUGGCGGCUGGUGCCCAAGCACGAGGAGGAGGCCUUCACCGCGUUCACGCCGGCGCCCGAGGACAGCCUGCCCGCCGUGCCGUACCCCCCGCUCCUCCGGGCCAUGAUUCUCGCACAACGACAGAAAAAUGGAGACACGAGCGCCGAGGAGCCCAUGCUGAAUGUGCAGGGGAUACGCGUGGAACCCUGGGACUACCCUGCAAAACAGGAGACCAAAGGAAGGGCCAAGGGCACCCGGGUCUAGAACGCCAGAGCCGGCGGGUGGCCUGAGGGGCUGAGGCCGCGGGGACCUUGCUGGUGAAAGAAGCCAUCCUUGCGUUGCACCUGAGUCCGCCCCGUGACGUGUUCUGACGGGCUGCCUCGUAGUGGACAGGGCUGGGCAGAUCGCCAGCUGUCUUUUCCUCCGGCCCUGCCGCCCCCACAGCCAGCUCGGAGGGCACGCGGGGGAAAGCCGGAGGUGCUGGCCCCUUCCCCCAUUGGAGCUCUUUCUGGUGGGAUCCAGGCAGAAACUAGGGAGUAAGAAAGAAACGAAAGGAAACAAACGAUAAAUAAAGGGAAAUAGAAGAUAAA